AUGGUUCACAAGAUUACCUUCGACAUUGAAAACCGAACUCCCUUCUUCCUCAUUCCGAACGGGCAGUUCGCUUAUUGGGGCAACACCAACUCUGGGCCUGAGACUAUAAGUCUCAUUGGCUCAGGCGGCGUGUUCCAAGCCUCAGCAGCCCCAUGGGUAGGCUCUGCGGGAAUCAGCGGCUACACAAUCGCCAAUCCAGCUAUUUGGAUCGCCAUGCUUGGCAGUGAUCCGGACUGGAGCGCCGAAGCUAACAGUGCUCGUGUCGCCAUGUCUACCAAACCACUCACUAUGGACAAGGAUCUCUACAAUUAUAUAUAUUCUGCCAAUGUCACUAACCUCACCUUGCCAACUCCGAAUGGGCACAUCAAUCUGACCUGCAGCAUCGGCAGCGAUGACGAUACUGCUGCCCUUUUCACGUUGACCUUCUAUAGAGGCACCGGUGUUACAGACGAGGCUCUUGGGGUUGUCGUACCUGAACAGAAGUAA